GCUGAGAUCGUUGUGUGUUCAAAGGUCGAGACUCUCUGCUAUUUCACUCGAUCCCAUUCGUUGUUGGUACUCAUCGCUCGAAUUAGGGUUUUCAAGGGUAAAGAAUCGUAGAGAAAGAGGGUAUGAACAAAGUACAAUCGAUGGCUAGUGUCCAGCAUAACAGACAAAUUAGAUACGGUAUUACAGAACCUAUCUCUCUAGGAGGACCAACGGAGCUUGACGUAAUCAAGACAAAAGCCCUAGAGAACUACUUGCAAGACGCUGGAUUGUACGAAAGCAACGAGGAAGCUCUUAGAAGAGAGGAGGUUCUUGGGAGACUAGACGAGAUCGUAAAAACAUGGAUUAAAAAAAUAAGCCGUGACAAAGGGUUAAGCGAUGAGACGGUUGAACAAGCGAACGCCAAGAUAUUCACCUUCGGUUCCUAUCGGUUAAAAGUACAUGGACCUGGUGCUGAUAUCGACACUCUAUGCGUUGGUCCAAGAUACGCAACAAGAGGGAAUGGUUUCUUUGGAGAGCUACACAGAAUGCUUUCAGAGUUGCCUGAAGUGACAGAGCUCCACUCUGUCCCUGAUGCUUAUGUUCCCUUGAUGGGUUUCAAACUUAAUGGAGUCUCUAUUGAUCUCCUCUACGCAAAGCUUCCACUAUGGAUUAUCCCUGAAGACUUGGAUCUAUCAGAUGAUUCAAUUCUACAGAAUGCUGAUGAGCAAACUGUUCGAAGCCUCAACGGUUGUAGAGUUACAGACAAGAUCUUCCGCUUGGUUCCUAACAUUCAGAGUUUCAGGACGACGUUAAGAUGCAUUAGGUUUUGGGCCAAGAAGCGUGGUGUGUACUCUAACGUCUCUGGCUUUCUUGGUGGUAUAAACUGGGCGUUGCUUGUAGCUAGAAUCUGUCAGCUUUAUCCUAAAGCAUCACCAAACAUGUUGGUGUCUCGGUUCUUUAGAGUCUACACACAGUGGCGUUGGCCCAAUCCCAUCCUUCUUUGCUCUAUCGAUGAAGAAGGUUGUUCCUCCUUAGGUCUUCAAGUUUGGGAUCCUAGAAGAAACCCUAAAGACUUGUUGCACAAGAUGCCUAUCAUUACUCCUGCUUAUCCUUGUAUGAACUCUAGUUACAAUGUCUCCGCGAGUACACUGAGGAUUAUGACAGGAGAGUUUCAGAGAGGUAAAGAUAUAUGCGCGGCUAUGGAAGGAAACGAAGCUGAUCAAUGGGAUACACUUUUUGAGCCGUUUGGGUUCUUUGAAGCGUAUAAGAACUAUCUUCAGAUCAACAUCUCUGCUUCUAACGUGGAGGAUCUGAAAAAGUGGAGAGGAUGGGUUGAGUCACGUUUCAGACAGCUGACGUUGGUGAUUGAGAGACAUACUUGUGACAUGCUUCAGUGCCACCCUCAUCCACAUGGUUUCCAAGAUGAUUCAAGACCGCUACAGUGUGCUUUAUUCAUGGGUCUGCAACGUAAACAAGGAGUUACAGCAGUAGGAGGAGAACCGUUUGAUAUCAGAAGAACUAUUGAGGAGUUUAAACAAACUGUUUACGGUUACACGUUGUGGUCUCCUAGGAUGGAGAUUAAUGUUAGCCAUGUAAUGCGAAGAAGCAUACCUAGCUUUGUGUUUCCUGGUGGAGUUAGACCUUUGCGUAACUCGAAAGGAACUUGGGACAGCAAACGCAGUUCAGAGCAGAGAGUUUCUUCUACAGGGAGUUCAUCAUCUACUAUUACUAGUUGUGAAAGUAAAGGUGGGAAGAAGAGAAAGUUGGGAGAUGAUGAGACAUUCACCGAUCAGUUAAGGAACUCAAAACGUGUUGCAGUUUCAGUGCAUGUAGAGAACGGCGAAGAUGGGAGUCCAAAUUCAUCUGUUGAAUCCAUUUGUUCAGCUCCUAUGAAAGAACUUUGUACUAAGGUUGAAUAUGAUCCCAUCAGUAAGGAUGUAGGAGAGACUCAUCCAGUAGGGAAGAUAGCCACUCCUCAGGCUUCUCUUAGUCAAGAAAGUGAGGAAGUUGAAGACAACUUUGGUUUCAGGAAUCAAGUGGUUAAGCAAAUUCCAAGUAAAGAUGCAUUCUCCAAAGGAGCAGUGGAAGUGGAAGAACUCGAAGAUGUUCCAACGCAACAGCCAGUGGUGACGCAUAAAGCUUCAGUGCAACUGCAGAAGCCGAUAAUCAAGUUGAAUUUCACAUCUCUAAGCACAAUCAAUGCCAAGAACCUCAGAGCUUAUUGAAACUGGAGGUGGUCAUGUUGAAGACUUUCUUCUUAUAUUUUUGUUUAUGGAAGAAUUUUGUAUAAAAUGGUUUACUUAGAUGUUGAAAGCAAAUUUUAAAUACUCUUUAGUUCCAUGUAAAAACUCGCUUGUAUCAGAAUCACAAAGAUAUAUAUGGUAAUAAGAAAAGAAGUUAAAAUCAUGUUGAAUAAUUCCCACUUCUACUCUACGUAUGAUUCCUGUAGUUUUCAUCAGCAGCAAUUGCUUCUUUUCUCAUUUAUCUAGUCCAUUGUUUGUACACCUUUGAAGCCCAUUCUCAUUACUAGCCGGUUUCUGUAGAAUGCAGAUACAGGUAACAUUAGAUAUUUGAAAUUAAAUUUCACUUCACUUGUCUAAACCCCUGUUAACCUCCUCUAAAUAUCAUAAAUCAUGCUUAGCUCAAGAGUGAUAUAUGUUCAUGUUAUGUUACUUUUUUCUAAUUGUUAAUGUCUUCUAUUAAACAUCCCACUAGAUGUGUGUCUUAUAGAUGAAUGAGUUUUGUUUUGUCAGGUAUGUAUGUUAACCCCACUAGAUGUGUGUCCACGAGCAGAGGUUGAGACAGUUACUGCGGAAUCAAUACCUGUUGUUAAACCAAGUUUUUGGCACAUAUAUUUACUUAGGUCCAGGUAGUGCAGAAUCGAUGAUGAGCCCUGUGCAGCUUAGGGAAAAUGAGAAGAUACCAUUCCCUGUAUUUUGGGCUAGCUUCAUACAAGUUCUGAGGUUCUAUAUGGACACAAAAUAGGGGAUCUAAGCAAAAGCUAGUAAACGCCCUCUUCCAAGCUGUUAACAAGUGGAUGCGUUCAUGUCAUUUUAGCAUUUGAGUUUUAACAUUGGACUCAAACUGUUGAUGGUUGCAUU